UGCAGUUCCGCGAAGGCGCGCGGAGGUUGCUGGUGCCUCUUUGCUUCUCGCUUGAAGCCCCCCCUACAUCACCAACAUGGCCAAAUCCUGCACCACCAUCCAAGUCAGCAAGGAGACCCGUCAAAAGAUGUCCCUUUUCAAAGAGUCCCUUUUCAAAGAGGGUGAAGAAUUUCUCUGCACAUUUCUGCCUCUCAAAAUAUUUCAACUGGAUCAGUUCCUGAGGGAAGACUUGUUGAACAUUAAAGAUUUGACUACUCUCCGGGCCCCGCUGGAUAUCCCUAUCCCAGAUCCCCCACCCAAAGACGACGAGAUGGAGACAGAGAAGGAGGACAAAGAAGCCCCCAAAUGUGGCUACCUUAAGGGCAAUGAGGCCAUUCUUGCGCUCUUGGAUCGCGUGAAACCCGAAGUCCGGGAGUUCAAAGAGAAAUGCAUCUUGGUCACCACCUGGAUUCAACACAUGAUUCCCAAAAUCGAGGACGGGAAUGAUUUUGGAGUAGCGGUUCAGGAAAAGGUGCUGGAACGGAUCACAGCCCUGAAGACCAAGGCAGAGGCCUUCCAAACCACCAUUGCUAAGUAUUUUUUGGAGCGUGGUGAUGCCGUAGCCAAGGCGUCGAAGGACACUCAUGUGAUGGAUUACCGGAGUCUUGUUCACGAACGGGAUGAGGCCGUGUACCGGGAAGUCCAGACCAUUCUGCUCGAUAUUCGUGGUUUCUAUGCCGAGCUGUACCACAUCUUUACCAAAAACCUGGAGAAAUUAACCAACCCCAAGGGCGAAGAAAAGCCAUCAAUGUACUGAUAGGGGAGGGCCUUCGCCAGAGCCUGUGACCUCUGCUGACCUUCCUUUGGGUGUUUUGCUGUCCUGGGGAGUGGGGUGGGGGACAGAAAAAUACAGAGGUAAAAAGAAAAGGGUCUGAGCUACCUAAAAGUAGAUGCACAAACACCUGCGGCUGGAGCAGGGAGAAAUAACAAAAUGAAAGAUGCUUUAGCUUUUUUUGUGUUUUGCUUUUGCUUCGUAAGAUAAAAGAACAGACAAGAGUUCUAUGAAAAAUGAAUGUAAUUUGAGCUGGGGGGGAAAGAUCAUGCCUGGUUUCCCUGUUGUAAAGUUUUGAGUCGCUAGAUGUUUUUU